AUGACGCGCGCCCAGCAGACCAUUUCCCUAGGGCUCCUCGUCUCCUCCGAGCCCGCUGCUAACUUUUUCCAUUUACAGCUAUAUCUCGCCCUUUACCUGGAGCUGAUUCCUCUUCCCGCUCUGGUCCAGCAGCAGAUUGUCCCUGUCCUUCCAUUCUGGGCCCUCAUCUCCUUCGGCGCGCUGCUUCUUUUCCGUCUCGGCUGGGGCAUCAUGACGUUCAACGAUGUUCCCGAGGCGCACCAGGAACUCAUGAAGGAAAUUGACAUGGCCAAGGGUGAUCUCAGGAAGAUGGGCGUCGACGUCGACUAA